AUCGAUACGAGACAUACACACAUUGUACGAGUAUUACAAACCGUUGUGCUGGCCACACCAAGCAUUUAUUCAACAAAAUAAAUCAACACAAUAUAUAUCUAUAUAUAUAUUUUUUUUUCUCUCCCUAUCUCUCUAUCUCUUGCUAGUUUCAAUAUUGUUAAAAAAAUAUAUAUUUGUUUGCUUGUGAAAAUAUAUCGCCAAUAAAUAAAAGAAAUUCAUCGUCGUCAUCAUCACUUGUUGUGCAAUUUGUGUUGUGCAAAAGGAAGUAUUUCAACGCUGCAAAUAAAAAAUUCAUACGCAGUACGAGAGAAGAAAAAAUCGAUUAACACAGCAGCCCAUUUAAUCAUCGAGUGAAAAAGUCCAGACAAAACGAACAAAUAUAACUUAUAAAUAUAUAUAUUUAAAAAAAAAAACAAUGGAAUAAAGCAAAGAAUAUCGCAGCAUUGAAAAGUAUAAAGAAAGACAAAAAAUAUUUUGCUAAAGUUGAAAACAAAGUCAUAACAGCAAUAGAAGAAGAAACAUUUUUCUCAUUUCGAGUGAAACAAAUUCGAUCUGUGUUUUCGAUUGUGAGAGUUCAAAUAAAAGAGUAGCAGCGGAGACGAAGAGAAGAAGAAGAAAAAACAGCUCACACAAAAUUAUACGUCGAAUUAAAUUGAAAGUGAUAUUUGUUUCAGUGUGUAUGUUUCAUUUUUUGUUCACUGUGAGUGUGUGUGUGACAUAAAUGUUUGUAUUAUAUAUACGUGUGGCUGAGUAUAGUAAAUAUCAGCAACUUUUUUGUCGUACAUGAAAAUAAAAAUUGUUUUACGCUAUUGACUUGAGUGUUUCCAUGCAUAAUUCCAAAGUGAAAAGCGAUUAUCUUUUCUAGAAGAAGCGAAGAAUAAAGAAAAUCUUUUAUCUACAUGAAAACUUUUGUGAAUUUAAAAAGUGCUCAAAUAAAUUCAAAAGUCGCGACUCAAAUUCAAUCAAAAAGAGAGUAAAAAAAAUAGCGAAAGAAAUAAGAGAAAAAUAAAAAAAGAGAUUUGUGAAAGAGCGAACUGAUGCGAAAAUAAGAAGAAGGAAAGGAGUCCCCCCAAGUGUAGACAAUAUCUUAAAUCGAAAUCCACUGUGAAUGUUACGUUGUUUUCAUUUUGUGUACAAACUGCGCUGCGCCGUUUUUGUCGUUCAUAUAAAUUUCCUUGGCUGAAUGUCUUGUUUUACGUUCACUUCUCGCUAACAUUAGCAGUCGCAGCAGCAGCAGCAGCAGCUUCACUGUGUGAUUAUUUAGCCCGACAACACAUACACAUAUAGAGCUAUCCAAUCCAUGUUUGUAGACCAAACGAUCGCAACCAAUUUAAGAGAAAAAAAUCACAUACACACCAGCAAAAGAAAAAUUUAAAGAAAGAACUCAACGAUAAUUCACAAAAUUAAAGCAAAAAUCGAAUAGAAAUCGUGAGUGAAGGAAAAAAAGAGUGAAAGAGACACAUAAUAAAGAAAAAAACAAUCAGUGCAAUUCAGUGACUUUAAUUUUCGUAAGUCAAGGAAAAAAAAGAAGCGAGACGCAGAGAGUAAAAUAAAAUUGAAUUUGGUAUUUUUAUUCUUUGAAGUAAAUCGUAAAGCCGUCACUAUACUAGCUCAUGGGUUUUGUUGGACGCCGUUGCCAAUACAAACUGCAGCACAAAUCGCACCGCCAAUUACUAGUGUACCAAUAACAUCCGCAUUAGUUACACUAGCGAUUGCACGUCGCAACACAGCAAUCGCAAUGAUGAGUUCAAACCAUUCGAACCACCUGCCCAGUCGGCGAUUGUUCUCACGUGGAUUGGCACCGCGGAAUCGUCAGCGACUCUAUUCAAACCACAACAAUCACAAUCAUAAUCACAACAACGGUGGCAAUUCGUCCAACAACAAUAACACCAGCAAUGGGCCAAACAACAAUAAAGACUCGGAUGGAUGUUAUUCACAUGGUAGAGCUGGACCUAGUCAUUCUGACAGGCGACACGAUAGAACAUCAGAUCGUGACCGGCGUCAAAGUAUGGGUGCUUUGUCAAUGGAUCGAUAUUCGCAAACUGGACCAUCACAGUCGCGAAAUGAACUUCAUAUUGAUACGAGAUCGGAUUCGAGUCGCAGUGGAAAUAGCAACAUGAACGGUGGACGAGACAGAAUUAGUCCGCAAUAUAAUGGUUCAAACUCAUCGAGACCGGCAUCGACGUCCACAUAUGAUAUAAAAUCGGAUAGCCCAUCACGUAAACGAAGACGUGUUUCAACACGACAAUCACCAACAUCGUCUUGGGAGAAUCGUCAAUCGCCGCGCAGCUCACAAAAUCAUGGCCAUCAUCAGCAUAGUCCAUUGUUGCGACGACGUUUACGUGAUCAACCGCAAAGGUCAUGGGAACCACAACUUCCAAAUAUAUUUCAACAAACCCCAUCCCCUCCGCAUCCACAACAACAACAGCAACAACAUUCGCAAGCGCCACAACAGCAACAACCGCAACAAAAUCCAUUAUUGGUUGAAAUGAAUCAAGUGCCAGUUAGUUUACCAUUGCGUCACGAUCCACCGAUCGGUUGGGCAUACUCAACUGGUCCACACAUAUCAAAUCCAACGUUACAAAAUUUACCACAUUCAUGGGUUCGCGAUAAUCGCUUACAAUCACUAUGCACCAAUCAUCCGGCCGCAGCAGCGCCUGCGCCACAUUUGCAACAAUGCCAAGUGCAUACAAAUGUUUUUUCACAGCCGUUUGCUCACAAUUGCCAUUACACUGGAUUCGCCGCAACACCUCAAUUAACCCAAAUGCAGCCACAAUCGCAUCAACCGAAUCACUAUCAUCAUGUGCAACAGGAGAAUUUGGAUCAUCAUCAUGGACAAUCUCCGACGCCGUUACAUUUAACAGCGACAGCAGCUCACCUUCAACAUUCCUCGUCGCAUAUGCCACAAGUAUCUCAACCGCAGCCGAUUUUCAUAUCAGCACCCGAAAAUCGUCCAAUGGAUCUCCAUCGCCGACGUCUUGCCACGACCAGACGCAAUUUUGCCAUCGGUAAUGAUGGUGCACAUUCACAGGAUAUGCGACGCAAUUGGAGAUACUCAUUUCAAAAUGUGUGGACACCAACAACGCACCAUUCAUAUUCACAUCAUCAUCAUCAUCCAGGUCCAAUGCAUCAAAAUCGUAUGCAUCAGCCGCAUAAUGUGCCAAUUCAAACUGGUCAAAUCAUCAAUUCGGGCAUUUUAUUGAAUUUCCUUGCCAUGUUACCGGUCACACAAUUUGGUCAGCAUGAUAUUAGCUCGAAUGAUUCAAAUGAAACGGAAAAUUAUGAGGCACUAUUGAAUUUGGCCGAACGUUUGGGUGAAGCAAAACCACGCGGUUUAGCACGGCCAGAAAUCGAUCAACUUCCAAGCUACAAAUAUAAUCCUGAAACCCAUACUGGUGACCAAAGUUCGUGUGUUGUUUGUAUGUGCGAUUUUGAAGUGCGACAAGUUCUACGUGUUUUGCCAUGCUCUCAUGAAUUCCACUCUCGCUGUGUCGACAAGUGGUUACGAUCGAAUCGUACAUGCCCGAUAUGCAGAGGUAAUGCUUCUGAGUAUCUAUCUGGUUGCUCAACCGAGGAGCGUUAGGCAAACUGGACAAAGAAAAUGAUUUGAUGAGAGCACAUUCACCGAAGGUAAAAGACAAAAGUUAUAGACAAAAAAAAAACACAAGCCGAAUUACCAGCACAGAAUCUUUCAUCUGUUACCACCGAAGAAGUAGAUAUA